AGCCACUUCGGCUCAGGCCACUGGGGCUCACAGAGCGGCCGUGCCGCGCCCUCCUCGGCCGCGCCCGCGGAGACCCCUCGCCGCAAAAAUGGGGAAGGCCGGCGCCAAGAAGAAGCUCCCCAACGCGCCCCUGGGAGAGAAGAAGAAGAAGGCCGCCAAGAACCCGUUGUUCGAGAAGGCCCCGCGUAACUUCAGGCUCGGCGGUGACAUCCAGCCGAAGAGGAAUCUCAACCGCUUCGUGAGGUGGCCCAAGUUCGUACGCCUGCAGCGCAUGAAGCGGGUCAUGCUCAUGCGGCUCAAGGUCCCGCCUGCCAUCAACCAGUUCAAUCUGGCCAUUGACAAGAACCAGGCCGCGCAGCUGUUCAAGUUGAUGAAGAAGUACAUGCCUGAGACCGCCGAGGAGAAGAAGGCCAGGCUAAUGGAGAUGGCCCAGCAGAAGAAGGACGGCCAGGAGGUGAAGACAAAGAAGCCCCAGGUCAUCAAGUACGGGCUGAACCACGUCACGACCCUGAUCUCGAAAAAGAAACAAUGCCAUGCACACAACAAAUCUUUCGUUUAUGUUCAUGCAUUUUUAUCUUCUUCGGUGGUCGAGCAGAAGCAAGCCAAGCUGGUGGCGAUCGCGCACGACGUGGACCCCAUCGAGAUGGUCGUCUGGCUCCCCGCGCUCUGCCGCAAAAAGGAGGUUCCGUACUGCAUCGUCAAAGGCAAGAGCAGGUUGGGGCAGCUCGUGCACAAAAAGGCCGCCGCGGUCGUGGCGUUGACCUCGGUCAACAACGAGGACAAGAAGGAGCUGGAGACCCUGGCUGGCAACUUCAAGGGCCAGUUCAACGACAACGCGGAGCACCGCCGCAGGUGGGGCGGCGGCAUCAUGGGCAUCAAGUCCCAGCACGUCAUGCAGCGCCGCGAGAAGGCCAUUCAGAUGGAGCAGGCCAAGAAGCUCGGGUUGCAGAUUGCCUGAGCAGUCGGGGCGGCGUGCGAGCGUGUCGCCGGUUGGACGGGCUCCUCGAGUUCUGCGCGGCAGUCGUGGCUCUUCCUCUUCCUCACACCCUCCCCUUCGCAAAUGAUCCAUCCAUCCUUCGAGCCACCCAGCUGC